AUGGAGGGGGAAUCCAAAGAAGAACUGGAGCUUGUCAUAAGCGAUCGAUGGAACAAACAAAAGGACGAGGAUACGAAGCCCCCAGAAUUGGACGGAUACAUUUGGCACGUGGCGGAUAUCAUCUCACAUCAACACGUCGAGAGGAAGUUGAUUUGCUUCCAAUGCGAGAAAAUUUCCUUUCGAACAAAGGACGGCGAAUUAAUAUGGUGGACAAGUGGAAGUGGGGAUAUACUUCUUCCUCGCAACGUGAAAGUCGUCAUUGAAAAGGGGACAUACAGAGUUAUGUGA